UUUUCUGAAAUUCGUCAUGCGCGCAGUGUGAUACGAAUCAAGAUUUUUUAUAUAUUUUUUUUUUAUUAGUUGAUAAGCUAAUGUUAAGAUUCAACUGCAUAAGAAACUUUUGAUAAAUUUUCCGAUAAAUUUUACAAGUAACCGAAGCUAGAAGAUAAAUUUACAAGAUGAGGGAGAUCAUUCAUAUUCAGACUGGAGCGUGUGGGAAUCAGAUCGGUGGUAAGUUUUGGGAGGUGAUAUCCGAUGAGCACGGUAUUGAUCCAAGCGGAUGUUACCACGGCGACUCAGAUCUUCAACUUGAACGUAUCAAUGUCUACUAUAACGAAGCGUCUGGUGGCAAGUAUGUCCCGCGAACAGUGCUUGUUGACCUUAAGCCUGCCACCAUGGAUGCAGUAAGAUCUGGACCUUUCGGCUGUCUAUACCGACCCGACAAUUUUGUCUAUGGACAGAACAGCGCAGCCAACAACUGGGCAAGAGGUCAUUAUACCGAAGCAGUUGAGAUCAUAGAAUCUGCUUUAGACGUUAUCCGGCGAGAAGCUGAAGGUUGCGAUUGCCUCCAAGGCUUCCAGAUGUCCCACUCGCUCGGAGGCGGCACCGGAUCUGGUUUGGGUACACUUCUACUCAACCGAAUCAGAGAGGAGUAUCCCGACCGAAUUCUCCUAAGCUUUUCAGUAUUUCCCAGUCCGAGAGUAUCGGAUUGCGUUGUGGAGCCGUACAAUACCACGCUAGCAGUGAACCAGCUAGUGGAGAAUUCUGACCACACAUUCUGCUUGGACAACGAGGCGCUGUACGACAUCUGUUUCAGGACACUGAAGCUGACAACGCCCACGUACGGCGACUUAAAUCAUUUGGUUUGUGCCACUAUGUCCGGCAUCACGACUUGUCUACGGUUUCCUGGACAGUUGAAUGCGGAUUUGAGAAAGCUGGCUGUGAACAUGGUACCGUUCCCCCGCCUCCACUUUUACACGCCUGGUUUUGCGCCUUUGACCUCGAGAGGGGCUCAACAAUACAGAGCUCUGACAGUCCCAGAGUUGACGUUACAGAUGUUUGACGCCAAGAAUAUGAUGGUUGCGUGUGACCCACGACACGGAAGAUACCUGACCGUUGCCACGAUAUUCAGAGGUAGAAUGUCGAUGAAAGAAGUUGAUGAACAGCUUGUCAAUAUUCAAAAUAAAAAUAGUACAUACUUCGUGGAAUGGAUACCGAAUAAUGUGAAGAUUGCUGUAUGCGAUAUACCACCUCGAGGUUUGAAGAUGGCUUCGACAUUCAUUGGUAACACGACAGCCAUUCAGAGCAUAUUCAAGAGGAUGGCUGAACAGUUCGUGGCGAUGUUCAGGAGGAAAGCUUUCCUGCACUGGUACACCGGUGAGGGUAUGGACGAGAUGGAAUUCACAGAGGCGGAGAGCAACAUGAACGACCUGGUGUCUGAGUAUCAACAAUACCAAGAUGCUACGGCAGACGACGAGGGCGAGUUUGAUGAGGAAGCAGAAGGCGAAGGAUUGGAGGAGGAAUAGGAUCCUUUUGGUUAUUUACUCAAUUGUGUAUGUCCUUGUGUUUGUCCUAAUUAAAAUUUAUCCGAACAUA